UUUUAAUUGUACAGAGGUCAUCGACAGACACUCAUCAUGUCUUGGCUCGCUGAUCUCGCUGGAAAGGCAGAGGAUCUGCUCAACAGAGUUGAUCAAGGAGCUGCAUCAGCUCUGAGCAAAAAAGACACCUCGAGCAGUGCAGUUUAUGAUAAGAAGAACUUGGACUCUGCCAAUGAGUAUUCUGAAGUGCACCAGCAUACUGGAGAACUGAAAUACCAGACCUCAUCCAAAGCAGCCUACAUCUCCUCAGCAGCUGAAAAUAUUAAACACCAAAAGGCCACAAUCCUGGCAGGAACAGCAAAUAUUAAAACAGCACGUAGGACAUCCUCAGAGGCAGCUUUUCCAGUAGAAAAUGCUUCCACACCCAGAGCUGCCUCACAUUUUGUGAGAAGAAAAAAGUCAGAACCUGAUGACGAGUUGCUAUUUGAUUUUCUCAACAGUUCAGAGAAAGAACCUAAUGGAAGGAUAGACUCUAAAAAGGAGAAGAGCAAGGCACCUGUUCUUCAGAAUCACUCUCGGACUUCAAGCAUUAGUUCUGUGUCUACCAGUACACAGAGUGCAAAAACUACUGAGGAUAAUUCCAGCAGGAGCCAAGGCAAUGAAACUCCAGACAGUUCAGACUCUGGCCUGGGAGCCCAAGGGAAUGAUGGCCUGAAGGAUUCAUCCCCAAGUGCAGCCACCAGCCCCAGCCCUUCAGCCAGUGAUGAUUCCAAAUCCCAUGAGCUGUCCAACCUUCGCCUGGAGAACCAGCUGCUGCGAAAUGAGGUUCAGUCUUUAAAUCAAGAAGUGGCUUCACUAAUACAGAGGUCCAAAGAAACACAAGAAGAACUGAACAAAUCCCGGGAGAAGGUGGAGAAGUGGAAUGUUGACCAUUCCAAGAGUGACAGGAUGGUUAGAGAGCUUCAGGCUCGGGUGGAUGAUCUGACAGAAGCUGUUGGUGCCAAAGAUUCCCAGCUGGCUGUGCUGAAAGUACGGCUGCAAGAAGCUGAUCAGCUCCUGAGUGCUCGCACAGAAGCUUUAGAGGCACUGCAGAGUGAAAAAUCACGGAUAAUACAAGACCACAGUGAAGGAAGCAGUUUACAAAAUCAAGCCCUUCAGACUCUUCAGGAGAGGCUGCGUGAUGCAGACUCUGCACUCAAGCGAGAGCAAGAAAGUUACAAACAAAUGCAGAAUGAGUUUGCGGCUCGUCUGAGUAAAGUGGAAGCAGAACGUCAGCACCUGGCAGAAGGGAUAACUGCAGCAGAGAGGAAGUAUUUAGAUGAGAAGAGGCGAGCUGAUGAGCUUCAGCAGCAAGUCAAAGUGACCAAAAGCCACCUGGAAUCUGCAAAACAGGAGCUGACAGACUAUAAACAGAAAGCUACUCGCAUUCUCCAAUCUAAGGAAAAGUUGAUAAACAGCUUAAAAGAAGGCUCUGGUAUUGAAGGCCUGGACAGCAAUACAGCAAGCACGGUGGAGCUGGAGGAACUGAGACACGAGCGAGACACUCAGAGGGAAGAAAUACAAAAACUGAUGGGGCAAAUACAACAGAUGAGAGCAGAGCUGCAGGACAUGGAGACACAGCAGGUAAGCGAAGCUGAGUCAGUGAGAGAGCAGCUUCAAGACCUGCAAGAGCAAAUAUCAGCACAAAAAAUGGCCAAGCAGGAGGCAGAAGCUGAACUGGAACGGCAGAAACAGGAACUUCGUUAUGCUGAAGAAGAACUGUAUCGGACAAAGAAUACUUUGCAAAGCAGAAUAAAAGACAGAGAGGAAGAAAUUCAGAAGCUCAGAAAUCAGCUGACAAACAAGACUCUAAGCAGUAGUAGUCAGACAGAAUUGGAGAAUCGGCUUCACCAGCUGACAGAAACACUAAUUCAGAAGCAAACCAUGUUAGAGAGCCUGAGCACAGAGAAGAAUUCCCUGGUGUACCAGCUGGAACGGCUCGAGCAGCAGCUGAAGGCUGUGCAAGGCACAAGUGCCAAUGGACCUUCCAUUAACAUGGCAGGCAUUGAUGGUGCUGAAGGGGCUCGCCUGCGCAGUGUCCCUGUCCUGUUCGGUGACGCCGACUCCGGCGUGGCGGGAAUGUACGGGAGGGUGCGCAAGGCUGCCAGCACCAUCGACCAGUUCAGCAUUCGGCUGGGAAUCUUUCUGAGGCGAUACCCCAUAGCAAGAGUCUUUGUCAUCAUUUACAUGGCCUUGCUUCACCUCUGGGUUAUGAUUGUGCUCCUUACCUACACCCCAGAAAUGCAUCAUGACAGUCCCAGUGGCAGGUAGACUGAGACAGGACCAGAUGCU